AUGUCCAACCUUGAAGACAUACUUGAUCGCCCCUAUAAGAUUGAAGAGGGUGAUUUGAAUUCAUUAAGUCAGUGGAUGGCACAGAAAAAAGAAUUGGAAGAGCAAGUGAAAACUCUUGAAAUGAAACUUGUAAAUCAAAACACUGAACACAUGCAACAAUGUCAAACUUUGAUCAAACAUCUCUCUGAACAAGGAUCUGCCAUCAAGGAUUUACAGGAUCAACUUGCGCAAACAAAUGGAACAGAUUAA